AUGGUUGAUCAGACUCAAGGACAAAAUCACAUUGGUUCAGUCCAUCUUAUUGAAGAAUAUCCUCGCAUUAACCCUCAAAAUCAGGCAUUUCAGCCGACUUGGUGUCCUUCGCACGACUUAUGCCAGCCAAGUUAUACGCAUCAACAAACUCAAUAUUCACAUUCACAUAAUGCGUAUCAAAGAUCACCAAAUCACACUCAAAAACACCGCCUUAAACAACGGAUCAACCAACGUCAACGCUCUCGACCUCGACAAAGUCCAAAUUCUAAUCGCUCUAAUAGAAAAUCUGAACCGAUAUCACAGACACAGUUGCCUACCAUUUACACACAACCAAUAGAUGUUCCGUUCAUGGUUGAUUACUUACACAAAACAAAUUAUCAUGAAAAUCAAACAUUUUUCUUAUAUGAAAUUGGACACAGUUUGAAUGUUCAAUCGUCAUUUCAUCCGCAAAAUACAAAUAAUUUUAUGUUUAAUAAUAAUGAUCAAUCUCUUCAUGAGCAUCAUCCUUUGCUUGAUUUGAAUUCGAUUUUUCCGCCUGUGUUAGGUCAUAACCAGAUCGGUAUGCCAUCAAAUAUUGAAAAUCAAUUUAAUCCUACAACUACCUUGGAUUAUGUUCAGAUCAAUGACUAUGUCAAUACUGUUCCUAUGAACAUUGACACCUCUUCAGAUUUCUUAUUAUACCCGCCUAACCAUGAUGUUUUUCCUGAUGCACCAAUUACUGCCUCAUCGCAUAUGAUUUUACCUGAUUAUCAAUUAACCCAUUGUCUUAAUAAAGCACCACUUACUAAUGAUGUGCAAACUUUUAAUUAUGAUUCAUCUCAUGAAAACAUUGGGCAUUUUUGUCUAAUGCAAGGCCUUUA